CGCAAGUGCUCCUGCUCUCCACCAUCGCUUCUACCUCUGCCCUAACAUUUUGCCGCUUCCACCAUCGUUUCCCCUAUCGCUCUUCGUUUCAGCCAUCCCUCUGCCCUUCGCCUCUCCUGCCACGCAUCCACCCAUCAUCUUGCCAAUCGCAAGACUAAUCUGAGUGCUCUCUCCUUACCCCUGCCUAAUUUUCUCGAAUUGGGUUCUUCAGUCUUGAAGCCCAGCAAUGGCUCAGAACCUACAGUUGGAAAGACCCUUGUUAAGGACGGAGGUCUAUUUUUUUAUAGAAACUUGGUACUGGAUUGGUGUAUGAGCAGCAUGUUCAAUCUUCUUUUUAUUGAAGUAUUGACAUUUUUAGAGCCUCUAGGAGAUAAUAAAGCUGUUAUUCUUGAGGAUGAUGAGCAAAACAAGGAUAGACGGCAAGUUGCAUCACAUCCUGGAGAGUUCAAUUAGCGCUUGGGUGGAGAGCAGAAUGGAGGAGGGCGAGGGUGCUGGGGUUGUAGGUAGCAGCAGUGAGUUCCAUGCAGAUGAGCAUCCUAUGGAAUUGGAAUCACAAUUGGAAGAAGAACAUGAAGUCGAUGAUGAAGGAGAAGGCACAACUGCUAACACUAUGGCUAAUAUUGAAGAAGAAGAUGAUGAUGAUGAGGAUGAAGAGGAAGAAGGGUAUAAAUUCAGGUUCAGUGAUGACAUGGAUCCUCUGGCUUUUGCCAAAGAGGACGCAUCUGGGCUCCAGCCUUACGAACAAUUCCAGCGCCUGGAGCACGACUAUGAAGCUUUGGCUGCCAAAAAGCGCAAGGCCCGUCUCCAAGCCAUACCCCAAGGGGAAGUACCUGCAGCUAAAAAACCACGGCAACGACAAGAGGAUGUUUCUGGUGCAACCAUGGAAGAAAUAAUGGAACUCAUGAAUUAUGGCUCUAGAAGAAGAUCCAGGAAGUCCAAGAGAAGAGGUCGACGAAAGGGAUCAAGGAAUAAAGUCAGUCCUGAAGUGACUCGAAAACUUGGUGAUGCUACUCUUCAUUAUGCCCAUGGCCGCUAUGGAGAGGCCAUAGGGAUGUUUUAUGAAGUGAUUCGUCUUUCUCCCAAUCUUCCUGAUCCAUAUCAUAGGCUUGGGCUCAUCUAUAAUGAGAUGGGUGAUAAGAAGAGAGCCUUGGAUUUCUACAUGAUUGCUGCCCAUUUAACCCCAAAGGAUGCAUCUCUGUGGAAGCUUCUUGUGACAUGGUCCGUAGAACAAGGUGAUACAGGACAAGCCAGGUACUGCCUUUCUAAAGCAAUAACAGCAGAUCCUGAAGAUAUCAAUUUGCGGUUUCACCGUGCAUCUCUUUAUGUUGAGUUGGGUGAUUAUUUGAAAGCUGCUGAUUCAUAUGAGCAAAUUUCACAGCUCUGUCCCGACAAUGUAAAGGUACUACAGACUGCGGCCCAGCUGUAUAAAAAAUGUGGCCAAUCUGAGCGUGCAGUCACUGUACUGGAAAGCUAUCUCAGAAAUUAUUGCAAGGAACCUGAUUUAAAUGUGGUUGAUAUAUUGGCUUCACUACACAUGGAAGGCAAUGCACAUCAUAAAGCCCUCGAGCAUAUUGAGCAUGCACAGCAGGUUUACUGCUCUGGGAAAGAGAUGCCAUUAUGUCUACGCACAAAAGCUGGAAUAUGUCAUAUUCACCUUGGAAACUUGGUAAAAGCAGAAGCUCUUUUCAAUGUUUUGAGACAUGAGAAUUUACAUGAUCAUCGCCAGUUGAUUAUUCAGAUUGGAGAUUCACUAAUGAAUCACGGGCAUUAUGAAUCUGCAGUAGAAUACUAUAUGAUGUUGGUAGGAGAUGAUGUUAAGAACAAUGGUUGCCUGUAUCUGAAAAUUGCUGAGUGUUGCUGUUGUCUGGGGAAACGAUUGCAAUCAAUUGGUUACUUCUACAGAGCUUUAGACAAACUUGAGAAUAGUGUUGAUGCUCGGCUGGCUUUGUCAUCACUUCUUCUUGAAGAAAAUAAAGAUGAUGAAGCCAUUUCUGUUCUAUGUCCUCCUAAAGAAUCAGAAUCACUAUUUAACUUGAACCUAAAUGCAGCAAAACCAUGGUGGCUUAAUGGGAAGAUAAAGUUGAAGCUUUCUCAAAUCUAUAAAGCUAAAGGAUUGUUAGAGGCAUUUGUAGAUGUUUUUUUUCCUGUGGUUCGCGAGACAUUGUUUCUUGAGACUAUACAACAAAAGGUCAGGCCAAGGAAGAAGCUAUCAAAAAGUGUUCUUUCUGAACGGAUAAAAAUACUUGAUCAUGUUAGGACUGAUACUGUGUUUCAUGGAUUUAGACCUGUAGCUUCAGCAUCAGAUCUGUCUAGAGCGUCCAGAGCAAAAAAGUUACUAAAAAAGAAGGAAGCAAAAAGAGCUGCUGCUCUGGCUGCUGGAAUUGAGUGGAUAAGUGAUGAUUCAGAGGAUGAAUCUCCCCAACAAGCGCCAAGAGAGCUUCCUCUUCCAAACCUUAUAAGAGAUGCAGAACAUCAUCAUCUCAUUAUAGAAUUAUGCAAAUCACUAGCAUCCUUGAAAAAGUAUUGGGAAGCAUUGAAAAUCAUCAAUUUAACUCUGAAAUUGGCCUCCAAUGUUUUGUCUGUUGAAAGGAACGAAGAGCUUAGAACUCUGGGAGCCCAAAUAGCAUACACUAUUGCUGAUCCUGCUCACGGCUUUGAAUAUGCACGCUAUAUUGUUGAUCAACGUCCUUAUAGCUUUUCUGCAUGGAACUGCUAUUACAAAGUAAUGUCAAAACUGGACAGUCGAUAUUCAAAGCAUAACAAGUUUUUGCACACCAUGCGAACCAAGCACAAAAGUUGUGUACCACUCACUCUCAUUUUCGGGCACCAGUUUACCAUGAUCAGCCAGCAUCAAGCAGCUGUUCGGGAAUAUUUGGAAGCUUACAAGCUGAUGCCAGAUAUUCCCUUGGUCAAUCUUUGUGCUGGAACUGCAUUGAUAAACUUGGCCCUAGGUCACAGACUUCAAAACAAACAUCAGUCUGUGGCCCAAGGAUUGGCAUUUCUUUACAAUAAUUUACAGCUUUGCAGAUAUAGUCAGGAAGCACUGUAUAAUAUAGCUCGAGCAUAUCAUCAUGUCGGUCUUGUUUCUCUUGCUGCUUUAAACUAUGAAAAGGUUCUUACAAUGCAUGAAAGUGAUUGCCCCAUGCCAAACCUUCCAAAUGAGAAACCAGAUGGUCUGGCUUCUCCAAAGUCAGGCUACUGUGAUCUUCGUCGGGAAGCAGCUUACAACUUGCAUCUGAUCUACAAGAAAAGUGGAGCAAUUGAUCUUGCCAGGCAAAUCUUGAAAGAUCAUUGUGUCAUAUGACUGAAUAAAGUAUUCCCUGUAAUGCAAUUUCUUGUUUAUGGAAAAGCCACAUUUGAUAUGUCUUGCUUUGAUUAGCAACACAGACAUUUAACCUUAGAAAUGGUAAUUGUCUGUGUUUGCAAGGUAUGUCUUUUGUUGUCCAAGUGCAGAGAAACACUGAAUUCUUGAAUCUUGGCAGGAAAGUAAAACGGUUAUAGGUAAUUUCAGUUAGUUCUUUGGCUACUUGCAACACAAAUAAGCGGCUGAAAAUCGAAACCUUGCAAUUGCAAACUCCCUUCAGCAUCUACUUCUAAAAUUUUGAAUCUUUUUGAUUCAAAAAAUUUGGACGGCGAAGAUUGCUUUUGAUUGAGAUGUUCAGGCUGAUCAGACAGUGAUAAGCUAUAGACCUGGAGGUGGAAGCUGAGGUGGCAGCAGUCUGAUUGGUCCUCAUUUUGAACCCUCUUCAAUCAAUAACAAUGAUGCCAGUUCUUCUAAUCUCCUUUUUUCCAGCCUCAUGGCAGCGCCCGCUCCACUCUCCUCGUUCAUGUCUAAUUGUCAUCUGUUUAAAAAUUACAUAUCAGGUCUUGGGUUUUGUGGUUUCUGUCCAUGUUUACCUCAAUUGUCUAGCUGUUCAUUGCUUCAAGAUUGGAUUUUUGGUAUGUAAAAGUACUGGUUUUUUCGUUUGUUUUUUCUGGGCUUAUCGAGUUUUAGUUAGUAUGUUAAAUUUUUGAUGAAUUUAUGCCUAGUUCUUAGAUAAUUUGGUGAACAGAUUAGAAAAUUUUGGGAUUUUUAUGGUUUGGUGUGUAAGUGAAGCUGUUUGGUGCUGA